AUGAUCAUCGCACUAAGGAAGAGCGGUUGUUUGGGCUUGCCACCGUCUGGCAGUGCUGCCGUGGAUGUGUCGCGUAGAAAGAAGGGAAAGACGAUGGAUGAAAGCAAGUGCUUGGAGAAGUUAGUGAAGAUGGGGUUCGACCGAGAUGCUGCGUGCAUUGCUUUAGCUGACAACCGAGGGGAUGCUACGAAAGCUGUGCUAGCUCUUGUGGCUGCAGAGAAAGCCGGCUUAAAGAAGCCUGCUGAGACAAGCAAUGAGAAGCCCGAAGCAACCUCGAAGAGCAACGCCAAGAAGCCAAAAACCGCAACGCCCGCCAGCAGCGAGAAGCUCGAAGCCGAGGAGGUCGCAAGCAGCAAGAAGCUGAAAGCCGAGAAAACCAAAAAGAGCUCAGCCGUGAAGCCCACAAGCAGUGAGAAGCCCGAAGCGAAGCCGGAAAGUGCCGCGAAGAUCAAAACCAAGAAGCCCGUAGCAUCACCCCAGGAGCCACCGUCGAAGCGAACCAAGAAGACACAAGAAGAACCUGAGGUAGACAUGGUUAAGGAGCUAGCCGAGAUGCUGGAUGAAGUGAAGGCGACCAAGGAGAAGAAAGACAAAAAGGAAACCAAGGAGAAGAAGGACAAAAAGGAAACCAAGGAAAAGCAGGACAAAAAGGAAACCAAGGAGAAGAAGGACAAAAAGGAAACCAAGGAGAAGGAGGAGAAGGAGGACAAAAAGAAAAUCAAGAAGGAUGACAAAAAGGAUGCCGAGAAGAAAGACGAAACAAACAAUGCUGACUCACCCCCCGCGACACCUCCCCCACGUGUGCGAGAGCCCCCUGCGAGUGGAGAGAAGGUUGAGAAAUGUGACCUCCGUAACCUCAACCCGAAGUCGAUGGCCAGGUUUUUCAGCCCUGAUACAUACAAGGGUACCGGUGAUGCUCCCGGCCCGUGCAAGCAUCAGAAGCUCAUGGAACGCCAAGCCACAGUUGCAAGCAUCGAGCUGAAGGGUGUGGACGAAAGCCCAGAGCCCAGCACACAGAUUGUGGGGGCCUCGCCUGAUAUGCCUCGAGCUGAACGCAAACGGCAGUUCGCUGCUUUGGGUCGUCAGCUUAAAAGCGCAGCAGAGUUGCACCCCGCGCUCGUGGCCAAGUACAGUGCGGCUGAUGAUACGACCAAGUUUGACAUGCUUCGGGAAUGGAUGAUGAAUGAUGGAGACCUUGGUUCCAUCUAUGUGGAAGAGAAGUUCACCAAGGUGGUGGAAAACAUGAACACCGAUCAGUACGCCACCGUUACCAUCUUUCAGCUCGAGAAAGAGUUCGGAGAUAGUGAAGAGGCGAAGGAAUUUAUACAGGCCCCAAAGAUCGAGAAGGCGAGAAUGUACCGUGUGCUUAAGUGCAUAAUGGAGGAGCACCGCAAGGGUCACAGGGGUGAGACUUCCGUGUGUGUGUCCGGAGAAGUUUCGGAUGCAGCCGCUAAGAAAUCGAUCAGCGAGUCGAUGCAAAGCGGUUUGAAGGCCCUGGACAGCACCCAAUUCCUGGAUAGGGAAACAGGCAAGAUUGUGCUGAAUAAGAAGAAUAAGAAAGAAAACACCAAAGUCCUAACCGCCGAAGAGAAGCUCGUUGACGACUUUAGCAAGCUGGUCAGGUUUCGAGGCUUCUCAGCCAAGAUCACAGAGCGGUUGCGAGAUAUUGGUGGCAGCAAGCACUGCAAUGUGGACAGCUUGAAGAACUUCCGGACUGAGAUGCCGAAUGAAAUCAAAAAGAUGGAGAAAAUUUUUGAGACCACCCAGGCUGCAGACCUGCAGGUUCCCUACGAUGAGUUUUGCCAAAAGGCUACCUUAAUCGAAGAUGAUCUUAAGGAGGCCCUUCGACGAAAGCCGAAGAAGGCCAAAACCGAUGCUAAACCAGCAAAGGCCAAAGCGCCCCCGUCCUAG